GAAUAUGCAGCGUCUGCACGUUUAGUACUGAUUAAAUUGUUAAUGAUCCUUGGCAUUGCUUCUGUUAAUGCCGGCCUUCUUGAAACUCAUCAUGUCGUCCACGAACCGGUUUUGACUAAAGUUGGAUCAGUUGUUCAGAGUGUGCCUUCCGCCGUAUCGCAUCAAAGUUUUACCCGCAUUCAUAAUCGAGCUGAAGUCUCUCAUAUAGUUGCUCCUGCAGUUCGGACUACGGUUCUUACAUCGCCCAGCUUAGUUAACUCAGUAGAAACGGUACCCGUUGUCAAAACAAUUGAGCAUGUGGUGCCGGCCGUUAAAACUGUUGAUAUUGAACAACCUCAUGCCACGCUACCAGUUGUCCAUACUGCUCCAUUUAUUAAAUCUCUUAUUCCAGUAACUACUUACGCUCUCCACCAUUAGGACACUUUUAAACGAAAAGUAUUAUAUAAUUUUGCAUUUAAUUUUUUUUUUUUUAUUCUUAAAAUAUUAAUAAAAUUUUCAUUGAAAAAUUUAAAUUGCAUGCCUUUCAAGCAUUGUUAUAAGCGCUUUUGCGUUUUUUCACUUAUCCCAGCAAAAUAAUGCAAAAAUAGCGUAAGUAACAAUUUUAUAUAGAAAUAAGCAAAAAUCUAGUAAAGUAUCAGUAGUGUAGCCUAGGGUCUAAAGAUAUUCAUACGGAAAGCUUGACAAUUAGUUCGACAUACAAUUUUUGGGUCAGACUACUUGAAGACCAUAAGUGAUGUACAUAGGCAAAAUAGACAUAU